UUGCAACCUAAUUGCCAUCUUUCCAGUUCGCCCAUCUGCCGGACCAAUUCAAAAAUCAAAUACCACCUUCAGGAUGGCUAGUCUAACACGCAAACCCCCUCCAUUCCCUACCUUAGUAGUACAUGCAGUCGAUUACGACGGCCACUUCCAGCCCGUCGACGCCUUCACCCGCCUCUUCCCGCACGCAGCCACCCUCACCUCGCUGCACUUCAAACUCCGCACCCAGGACGCCGCCGACUCCCUCUCGCAUCACUCGCAAGACGUCUCUUCCGAAGCCACCCACACCACUCUGGCUGGCUUCCUGGCUCUAAAGCACGUCUUUCUCAGUGCCGAUGCCGUAUGCAAAGAAGACCGAUCUGCCCCCACAAACGAUGACAAUGACGGCGGCGAUGACGAAGAUGACCAGCUCCUGACGCGCCUACUUCCGCCCAAUAUCGAGUCGCUGUGUCUGGCCGGGCCCCGGGAGCUGGGGGAACAAUGUGAGGGAGAGACUUGCCAAAUGCAUUGGUGGCCCUGGCGAAGAAGGCAAAGACAGCGAGGGAGGAUGACGGAACCAGGAGGUUUGCUGCGCUGGCGAGCGUCCGGUGCGAUGCCGAGAUGGAUGGUAGGCGCGGGGAGGUUUUGCAGCAGUAUGGGGUGCCAGAGGCAUUUGCCUUCGCCGGGGUGAAUUUCGCAUAUGAGAGUUGGGAGGAUCUGCUUUCUAAGCCGACGAUAGGAUUCGGGGACGGGACGACGCCGGAGAUGAUGGACAUGGAUAGCGAUCGGGAGGACUAUGUGCCGGUGCAGAUUCCUGAUCUGGACGAUGACGUUUAGGCACGACUCAGGCUAGUGUCUGUCAUGAUUAAGGUACCUACCUUCUUCAAAUGUGAUGUAGGUAAUCAGUCCAGUGAUUCUAUGGGUUACAUUGAGCUUGUUGCUAUGCCGG